UUCUUUAGAAUAUAGGAACACGAAAAAAUCUUUUAUUCUUUCGAUACCAAUCUACUUGAGACAGAUUCCGGUUCUAAUACAAAAUCUUUCAUGUUUGAGAUUUUUCUUCUUCUGAUUUCUUGUUAAGUUCUAAACACCAGUUUACUAAUGAUUCCAAAUUUUGGUACCAAGGCCAGCAAGUUUAGAAGGGGUGGGUCAGUCGAUUGCAUUGACCCCCAGUGUUCAGCCAGGGACUAUUUUAAACUCCCCCCCCCCACACACACACACACACAAAAAGAUGCAAAUGAACCUCAGUGAAAUUUGAACUCAGAACAAAGAGAACCAAAUGAAAUGCUGAUAAGCAAAGGAUACCAUGAGGCCAACGCAUAUUUCAAAUGAAACUUUUGGGGGUUUCUUACCUGUCGGUAUUUAUGGUUGGAGGAAACGCUGUUUAUAUGCGUUCAUUCUGUUACUCAUGAUCCUUGUUAUUAUGAACUUGGCCCUUACAGUAUGGAUUCUUCGAGUUCUAGAUUUUUCUAUAGGUGGAAUGGGAAAGCUCAGAAUCUUAGACAAGGGUAUCCGAGUAGAUGGUAGAACAGAAUUUACAAAAACAUUGUACACAUCAAAAAUAAAUUCUUUGCCAAAAAAGCCACUGUUUGUGGAAUCCAGUGCAAAUGUAACAAUAGAAGCCAGAGAUAAAACUGGUGCCGUAACGAACCAAUUAAUUAUAGGAGAGAACAACAUAGAAUCCAGAGGUGAUAGAUUUGAAAUCAAAGACAAAAAAGGACGAGAAAGUUUGGUUAUUACAAGAGAUCAUAUAGAACUGUAUCGCAGUAAAUUAGUACAGAAAGGCAACACACUCUUUGAUGGUUCCAUUGAAACACCAACAGUUCAUUCACCAAACAACAGACCUUUGGUAAUUGAAGCACCAGAAAGUUCUGUGAAGCUGGUUGGUCACACAGGCGUUAACUUAAUUUCAGCUUCAGGAAAAGUGGAGUUGAAGAGUUCACAAGACAUCAGCUUCCAUUCUGGAAAAUCUUUUAUAUCAUUUGAUGCCAAAGGUAUUUACCUAAAAAAUUUGAAGAUAAAUCGAGACGCAGGUGGCAAUUCUACCAACUUUAAUGCAAAAGUUUUCCAGUUAUGUAUGUGCAAUACAGGCCGGUUAUUCCUGGCGCCACCAACAGAAGAAUGUAUGGCAACAAAUGAUGCCUGUCGAAGAUAACAAAAUUUCUCUAACAAAUCACACUUCCUAAUCACAUAAACUUCUUAUUUGAGUGUUUCCCAGCAUCACAAGCACCGGAAUAUUUCUAUGCUGCAUAACUCAUGUGCCUUCAUUUCUAUCACAAGACACACUUCCCAUAAAAAAAAGAAAAAGAAAUAGAUAAAUAUAUAUAUAUAUUUGCACACACAUAUAUAUUAUAAUAUUACAUAUAUUACAUAUACACAUUACAUAUAUACAUAUGUACAUAAAUACAUAUAUAUAUUACAUAUACACAUAUAUGCAUUACAUAUAUAUAUAUAUGUAUAUAUAUAAAAGUUAUUGUGCAUUAAUAAAGCUACCGUUGGUGUUUUCAUGCCGAGAGAAAUCUCUCAGCAAUUUUCGAGCCUGCUACCAAGAUGGAGAUGAGUAGCAAUGUUCAUAUCUGACAGGUUUGAUAUUUAUUUAGAGAUUUCUUUUGCAUGAAACCAACGGUAGUCUUGUUAAUCUACAAAUAAAGAAUAUUUAUCUACCACUGAUUAUUGAACACUCAUCCUGACUGUUCAAUACAAGUGUGCAUGUGUGUGUGUGUGUGUGUGUGUAUAU